AUGUCGCUGAGUGUGUCGGGGGAGGAGGGCGGCGGGGGCCGGGGGUCGCCGGCGGAGGGGGCGGCGGGGGCCCCGGGCCGGCCCGACGGCUGCGACGUGGGCCGUAUGGUGGACUCGAGCCAGGCCGACGACCGCAAGAUGAUCCGGCUGGUGCGCGAGCGGCGGCUGUUGUACGCCCGGAACAACAUGCCCGUGGCCAGCUUCCACUCGCAGGUGAAGAGGCUGUGGCAGCAGGUGGCCAACGAGAUGGGCUGGAGCGUGGCGGAUGUACGGCGGAAGUGGUCCCACAUCCGCAACUCGUACUCUCGCCACCUCCGCAACGAGAUGCACGGCGCGCGCACCGCCCGCGGACGCACCGUCUCGCGCUGGUACCUCGCAGACGAGCUCGAGUUCCUCCGGGAGCACAUGGCCACUGACACGCGGCCGUCGUACCCCACCACGUAUGCGCCGAAGUUCCUCGAGAUGGACCUAUCGGAGCAGACCCCAGCGACGCCCACCGACCACGUCGACAUCAAACCCUUCAUCCAGAACCCGUGGUUCUCCCUCAGUACAUCGCACAUGAACACGUCCUUCGAGACCAAGACAGAACCAUACAACCACAACGAAGACAGCACCAGCUCAGCCUUCGAGCCGGACGAGAACUCCUCCUACUUCCAAUUCUUCCGCGGCAUCCACAAUGACUACUUGGAACUGACGCCGAAGAACCGGAGGCUUUAUAAGAGACAAUGCUUGAAUUUUCUGCAUGGAUUGUUGGACAUGCAGGACAACCAGCUCGGCAGCAGUUACGAUCAGAAUGAUGCGAUGAACCUUUCUAACUCGGUGAGCCUGAGCGACGAGGAACCGGAGCGGAAGGUGUGCGUGGUGGAUAACGUGGAGAGUUACAACAUUGUGCCCGGCAACUAACUAACGGCCGGCACACGGUCAUUGGUGUACUGACGUAACAGUUCCUUCGUUUAUGUACUUUUAAUGUUAAAAGAAAGUUCAAAU